CCAAGGCAACUCCCGCCACAUAUGUCACAAAUAACACUCCCGCAGUUUUAUUCUGUAUAUGUUCAUGAGUUCUGAGUCAAUCAGGUCAUCAAGAACAUCCUUACGGGACUGAUAAAUCUUGAGGUGGCAGGCUCAGGUUCAACGGUCGGCCAUCUUUGUUUGGUCUAGCGCGAGUUGGACGCCAGUGACAGCUGUCAGCUACUUCCGUCCACGGCAUUCGGUAGCUAAUAUAAUGAUGAUAGCAAUCAUUACACAAGUCUAUUUUACCAGGCUCCAGUGAAAGUUGUCGGGGUUUUCAAGGGUAUUUUCAUGAUAACAGCGGUAGUUUAAGACACUUGAGUUAUUGAGGUUUUCAAGAUUGUUUUCAUGAUUCCAGAGGUAGUUUAACAGGCUCUCAAGUUAUUGAGUCUUCAAGGAUAUUUUCAGGAUUCCAGUUUAACAGGCUCCAGUGAAAAUUAUUUGAGUUUUCAAGAGUGUUUUCAUGAUUUCUGUGACUUGUGAUGACUUGAUGCUUUGUUCCUUACAGAGACACGUGAGAUACCGAAGGAGGAAGACGUAACACCUGAUACUCAAGCCCCUAAGAACUGAACAAAGCCCUUAACACCUGAACAAACCCCAUACCUAACACCUGAAAGCCCCUAACACCUGAGCAAAGCCCUCAACACAAGAACAAAAACCUCAACACCUAUAGAAGCCCUGACAACUUUAGCUGAAAAAGAAUCAAGGUCCGAAUAUCUUUAACUGAAGAAGAAUCAAGGUUCUAACACCUUUAACCGAAGAGUAAUCGAGACCUUAACAUCUGGAAAACCCAAACACCUUUAACUGAAGGAGAAUCGAGGCCCUAAGACGUGCAGAAGGAAGCCGUAGCACCUGUAACUCAAGACGAAUCAAGGCCCUACCACCAUUGACUGAAGAGAAAUCGAGACUAUAACACGUGGAGAAGCCCUAAGACCUUUUACUGAAGGAGAAUCAAGGCCCUAACACGUACAGAAGGCAGCCCUUACAUGCCGCAGUAGCCAUGGCCGCACUCAGGCAGAAGACAACACUGGCAUUAGGUUUAGGAUUCCUCUGCCUUGUCUACGUCCUUCUGUUCCUCAAACCCUCAGACAAACACCGAUGGCUCCCCAAGGACGUGACCAACAACACAGUCUUCCAGCUUCCAAAGGCGGCACUGGAAAACCUCCUGGUGAUCUACAGAAACCUUCCAGUCCUCAACGCAACAGCUCCCAGGACAAAUGAGCAGGAGGACCCUCGCCCUUCGCCACUUAAGGACCCCCUGCCGCUGCCCUCUCAGUCUGGCUGCUUCCCUUACCUUAGUGAGCUGCACGUUCAGCCCGUUCCAGAGCACGACUGCGACCAGCCUUACGUCACCGUCAACCAGGCAGGGCGUCUGGGCAACAAGAUGUGUCAGUACGCCAGCCUCUACCUCCUGCGUCACCUGUUUGGAGUCCGGGUGUCCACGCUCGAUGAGAUGCACGCAACCCUCGACAAAUUCUUCAAGAACAUAGUCACGCCGGUUAAGAAACCAGGCUGCUUCGUGGGCAAGGCUAAGGGCAUUUCCUACAUGGACCUGUAUGACAAGCUGUACAGAGCUGCAGCUCAAGCCCGGACUAACACCACCUCCAAUUUCAUCAUAGAACCUCUGCUGGACACUUCCUACCACGUCUAUGACUACCCUGGACCCCGAGACCUCUUCCUGGAGCAUCGGAAGCUGAUUCACACCCUCUUCAAGUUCCGGGACGAGGUGAUGAAGAAUGCCGUACAGAAUAUCAACAACGCUCUUAGGAGUUUCAACGCGACGUAUCACCAAAGGGACUUCCCAAUUGUGACUGUUCAUGUCAGGCGGACGGACUACGAGCGGCACAUGAAGAUGCUCUUCAAUCUGACCCAGCUGGGUAAACUCUACUACACCAACGCCUUUGAGUUCUACAAGAAGCGGUUGAAGCGCCCUCUGUUCCUGGUGGUGAGCGACGACCCGAAGUGGUGCAGGGAGAACCUGCAGGCGAAGGACGUGCUGGUCAUUGCCUCCGAGGUCCCAGCUGAAGACAUGGCGGUGAUGAGUUUGGGAGACCACCAUAUUACAAGCUACGGCACCUUCAGCUUCAUGGGAGCCUUACUGGGGAAUGGGAACAUAACACACCCGCUCACCACCAACCCUCGCUACCGCUUCGUGAGGUGCGUGGACUCCCCAGUCUUCCACCGCGUUCCAAGGGGCGACAAACAGGAAGUGUAUAAACGGAGAUGAUUCGGUGUUGGCAACAAUGUUUGUCUAUUUUAUUUUAUUUCAACUUUGAUGAUUCGUUUUAUUUAAGUUUUUUUUUUUUUCUUUUUCUACUCGACUGUAUUUCACACAGUUUAUUAUUUUUUUAUACAUUUUUCUUUCUGCUAAUUUUGUAGUUUUCUCUUUCUAAACAAUUUGUUGAAUCUUUCUCUCCCACAAUGUUUCCAGUAAUGUCUCUCCUUUCUUAAAACACUCUCUUGAUUCUUUCUGUGUCAGACAAUGCUUCCAAUAAUGACUCUUUUCUAAACUCUUUCUUCAUUCUUUUUCUCUUAGACAAAAUUUCCAAUAAUCUAUAUUCUUACAACACUUUCUUCCUCGAUUUUUUUUCUGUAAUGCACUGUUUCAAAUAAAUGGAAAAAAAAUUUAUGUACUAUUUCUUUGUUUUCUUUUCUAUAACACAGUGCAUCCAGUCAAUUUGUCUACCUCAUGACUUUUUUUCCCAAUAUAUUUUUGUAUGCGAUCUUCCCGAUAACGUCUUUACUUUUUAAAACUCUCUCUCUACCAGACCAUGUGUGAUGUAAUGGAUGGUUGUUAUCUUUAUAAAAUAUAGAAUGAAAAAGAGAGGAAAUUGUUCAGAUUUUUAUAACAUCACAUCUCUAUCUACUACUACUACUACUACUACUACCAGCACUGUUACUGCAACACUUACUACUAUUUCCGGAAACUAUAAUAAAAAAAACUAUGGAAAAAAAGUAGAAUUACUAUAUAGCACCUGCAUUUCCUACGGAUGACAAAAUUUUGAGAGUAAAAAUAAACGGGAGUAAUUCAAGGGUAACAAGGACAAAAUCGCAUUUCCCAAAUGCUCUCACACCUUCGUGGAAAGAAGAAAAAGAAAAAGAAAGAAAGAAGAAAAAAAUCACUGCACAUCUUC